CAAGCGUCCGCUCUUUUCUAUGAAUCUAUCUACUAGUAUCUACGGCUUCUGGUCGUCGUCUGUCAAUUCAACUCAUUUUCCUUCCAUUAAUGUUGUCAAAUCCCUGAAAUCCACAAGAAGGUCCCUUUCUCCGAAAGUCAACAGUGGAUGGAAGUUUCGCCUUCUAUAACAAGAUAAACUUCUCCAUUCUAUCACGACUCAUCGUAUACCAACUUAGCAGCCAAAUCCAAUCCGGUCAUAUCUCGUCCGCCGCCGUAGGGCUUUCGUUAUCGAAGUGGUCGGUGGCGCGGGGACUGUAAGCCAAUAAACGAAGGAUCAUAUCGAGGUGACAGCUUUUCGAGACACAUGUUGCCAGUGCACUCCACGGGACCGACAGAACUCUUGCUACCAAUUUUGUGGAGAUGCGACAGCGCAGCAGACAAUAUACAUGGGUCGACACUUGACUGUAGACAGAACAUUGGCUGCUACUCCCUGAGCAGGUAAUUUCGCUAUUGAAAUCCAAUUGCAAAAACUCCUCCCAAAGUUCAAUACCUGUCACAAAUAUGGCCGAUAGACCAGAUCCCGCUGUCCAUGACUUUGUGCGAGAUCCCUUGGGGUUCUUGACCCCGCCUAGAAGUGACCCCCGGUUUCCGGUAUCGACGGUCGUUAGUUCUUACAACAUGUUCCCCGCCCACAGAAAAGCGCAACCUGGUGGUAUACCCGAGCAAGGUUACUUCAAAUUUGUCCUCGAUCAUGAGGAUGCAAGGCGACGCACGUUCGAGAUCAAGUACCACGGUGAUAAAGAAAGCGCGGACACAAUCUUUGCGUACAACCUUGGCUACAAUGGUGGUGCCCUGACAUCCCGUAGGCCAGCAUUCAUCGAUAUCCCGAAACGCGUGGAAGAAAACACCCUUCUCUUCACCGGCACACUCUCUGGCUGCUCCGUGAUCGUGACGAACCUCGAUGACAACACUUACCGUGUCUUUCACGACUCUCGAGUGGACAGCUCGCUCCUUUAUAAUAAUGUCGAGAUGGCUGUCGACUUCAGUGACUACAGCUUUGCUGGCCUUGGUAUGGCCUGCGUGUUCAUGCAGUAUCGCAAUGGCCGGUGGAAUAUGUUUGUUCAACUACAGUUUCUUGAAACUGUUGGUGGGCGAGCGGUGAUUGUGCAGCGCCGCACGGAGAUACUAUUGGGUCUCGAUGGGGCCCACCUUCCCGAAAUUGGUCAUGAGUUUCGUCUGCAGACCGGCUACCUUCCUGUCAUGAUCUUGGAACCGGGGUCGUAUGACGCUCCACAUGCUAGAGCAUUAUUCGAUGUGAAGCGGGAGACGAACGAAAAGCGGCUGAGGCACCUCGCUCUCGAAGCCUUUCCAAACAUUAACAUCCCCAACGAGCCCGACGGUAACUUUGAGCCGUUUGAGGGGAAUAAGAUUAGUCUCCAGAACCCCGCUGUCAGGCGUACACAGGCGAUACGAGAUGUGGUUGCGCUACCUCAGGACAGUAUCGAAACGCAGUUUGUCACAGCCCAGGGUGAGUAUGGGCUGGUUGAUAGCGUGCUCAAUUUGCAAAACAUAAAGCUCAAGGACCUCGUUGACCCUGCAAGGAAGGAAUCCGAAUUUCUCGACUUUAUAUACCUCUGGAUCAAACAGAAGGAGGCGAAAGGACUUGAUGCGGUGGUCAUCACCGAUGGACGGUUGGAAGCAAGAGUUGGUAGCACCGCUGGUGAACGUCUCACUGGCCAACAACUGGACACACUUCUCGCUCGCGAUAGAGAAUUUGCAGCUGGUUACAAUGGAUUUGAUCAAGUUGAGAUACCGGGCUGGGCUAGUGACAUGACGUCUCUGGAAAUGACCGAGUUAUUCGAUUUGUCACCAAGCCUCACCCAGAGUCAAAUGGGCGCCUUGGUGCGGCACAUUAGCGUUACUCGCGCAGAGGAGUUUGAGAAGGUGUGGGAGCAGACAGAUAGCAUCAUUGACAUGUUCCAGAAGGCUGGAGGUUCGACAAAGCCUAUGCCGCAAGAUCUCCUCCUAAAUGCAGUGCCUGAUGAGCUGGGUGGUCGGUGUUAUCCUCUGGUCCGUGCGAUGUCGGCAGCAUUGGCACGAUCCGACUUCGCAGUUGACCAACUUGGCAUCAAGCUUGUUUCCCUCUCACCUUCAUCGAGAACAGAUUUGAAAGAUGCAGAGUUAUUCAGGCAAUGCUUGAAAGAUUUACAUGCCAGCUACCCCGCUGCCGCUGCUUCCACGCUCAUCGGCCGUACUAACAUCGAAGAUGCAGUCAAUAAGCUCUCUGCAGUAGAGGGGAAAAGCACGAUCUUUGCUUUGAACACUGAUACACAUGCCAUGCUACUUGGAGCGACAAAUAGAGGCGGCACAACUUCUUACCACUUCUAUGACCCCAACUUCACCAUUGCCAGUUUCGCUUCGCAGCAGGAGUUGGUACAUGCGACCAUGAAAUUCUUCACGGAGUUCAAAUUUGCCGAUCUAUAUGGUGCAGGAGGUACUCCGUCAGAUCCGAUCUUCACUUUAGUCAAACUUGACACGAACAAGAUGGCACGCAUCGGCUUUGACUUCAAGUUGAACGUUGCAGACUUCUUUGAACCCGAGACGCUCACGGAGACUGUCAGCAUCAAGGCGGUUACUGAGUUACAACUCCCUGAUCCAGCACAUUUCACAGAAAACCGUGCUCUCGGUGCAGGGGCAGGCUUGCUAGAAGCCUCAGAACUAUCUGAAGCAUGGCUAAAUGCCACGGCGAAGCUGGAGGCAAGCAACGGCCUUGGAGAGCACUGGAUGCCGAUCCUUGAGACGUUGGAGAAUGUAGACAGUGGGGGUUACCGUAUUCAGUUCAUCAACCUGAAAGACCCUGGCGAGACACGUUGGAUUAGCACCGAGGAUUCAGAGAUCAAGGAAUUCAAGGUGUAUCUAGAUGAACGUCUCAAGGCUGUCAAUAAGGCUUACCGAUUCGAACAUGGAACCUUCGUCCUGAAUGAAGACGUCAUGUCCGCUGAAGCGACCGACGGGUUGAAUGCAAUGUUUGUCGUAAAGACACUGAUCGAGCACUUCAGUAACAGGAAGGAUAGCUCUCAGGAGAAUAAAAAUGCCAACACCAACCUCGCAAUGGCACUGAAGGUCCAAAGCUACAUUAACCUUGUGCAACUUGGCGACCAGAGUUUGAGUGAUGUCGUCAAAGUUGUCAAGCUCACUCAGACUCUUAUCAGAAGCGAAGAGGCGGCACAGUCUUCAUUAUCCGCUAUCACUAGAGCCCUUAGCCAGACCACAGAGGGUGUUAAUCUCAUACUCGGUGGUGCCAACGUUGUCCUUGAUGCCUACAUGCUCAGCAAAGCGCAGGAUGAGAUAGAGAAGGCCGUGUAUGGUACACAACUGGCAUUUGACUCGGCCAGCUUCCUUGCAAGUGCAGGUAGCCUUGGUGCUGGAAUGGUGGGAGCAUCCAGUGCUAGUGCUGUCCUGGGGGGUGCGAGUGUGAUACUGGGAGGACUUGCCUUCGGCUUCGGAGCGUUAGCAUCAGCAUUCGGAAAGGUUGCUGAAGAUGCGCAGACGGUGGGCAAGUACUUCGGAGAAACAGAGGCAGCCUACAAAGCAGGAGGAUACAAAUAUGACAAGGAGCACAAGAUUCUAGUUCCUCUUGUAGGCGCUGUCAUCAGCGAACUCAGCCUGACCGGCGAUGUCAAAUUUGAUAGCCAGUACAUCUAUCGCACCCGUCAUGGGUCGACAGGUUCAGGCUAUAUCAACUACUUCUUUUGGGUUGGUGACUCCCCACAGAUGGUCAGGGACAAGUCCCAAGCUCUCAACGUACGCGAGGGCAUUGGAGCUCCAGCAAGUGGCACACUUGCAACGAUACUCGACUAUACAACAAUCAUCUUGCCAGCAACUCCAAAAUCCUACAUUAGCUAUGAGUAUAUGAUCCUUCCCUUUGCAACAUCACGCCACGACUAUGGUUUUGACGUUAUUCGGAGGCUCGAAGUUGACGGACGAUUUGACUAUGACUUCUACGUCUUUCCUAGCGAGUACAUCAUUCGACGUAUCUCGCAUGAAUAUGUGAAGACACUCAUCACUGUAAAACUCAGUGAACGACCUGUGCGUGUCCAGGUCCCCUCUCUCCCCAACAAUAUGCACGGUGUUAUAAAGUAUACACUUCACGGUGCGGGUGCUGACUACACGGUCGGUUUUAUGGCUGGCAUAGAGGUAAUUUUGUCCUCGACCAAAAAUACACGCUGGAUCUUGGACUGUGGGGAUCUCACCGACGACCAAAUUACCGUCGGAUCUGACAGUGUCUUAGUUGCAGGAGUACGAGUGACAAUCACAGACCGGAACUUCACAUCCAUACUCGUCAUUAACAAGCAAAAGGAGGUGUUGCAAGUCGAUUUCGACAACCAUAACACUUUUGUUGUGAAGGAGGAUGCAUCUCAGUUUCCCGAUGGCAACGAGAAAAUUCUUGCUCAUCUUAAUGAACUCAACGACAAGCACUUGCUCCGUGGUAUGUUCAUCACAAUAGAGAACUGCACUACGCCUUCAGGACGAGCCGUUGGCCGUGCUUUUUAUGACAUCACUAAGAAGCGUCUGCUCUACACUGUUGAUGCACCCAUACUCCUGACGGAGGACGUUCAGUUCGGUGCGGAUACCAGCAGAGACGAGGUUUAUUUCUACAACACGGAACAUUCCAGUAUCUGGCGAGUGGACCCUGCAGUUGGUACCUGUCUAGCGAAAUACAACGCACUUUAUCCUUCUCCUAAUAGAACACUAACGCGUGUUUGGAAAGAAGACGAUUAUGUACAUGCCGUCUUCCGUCAUCACCUCGCUGGAAACAAGUUCGGGGAGCUCAGCUAUGUCCUCGAAGCCAAUAGCAUGACGCUAGUCAGUUUGGUCGGAGACUCGGACUCACUACAUAGGCUCAACGGAAUGGACAAAUUGGAGCCAACUUCGAUUGAUUGGCUGUUAAAGCCAUAUGACGCCGGUGUUAAGGACCCUCUCCCCACACCUACUGAUUCUUUGCCUGGGAAGAAUAUCAAGGCGGUCGUUGCUUCCCACAUGCUCUCUGUGUUUGGAGUGGAUGAUCAAAAAGUUCCCUAUCGCUUCUGGAUUCGCUUCGCUGAUGGGACCAUCAUCAAGCCAAGCUUCUCUCCUCCAGCUGAUGUCGUCCUCGCCGGUGUCAUUGCUCUACCCGGCGGCAAUGAAGAAUUCUGCUUCUACUCUCUCAAGGAACAACGGAUAGUGGUCCAGAGAGGUACUGGAACGCAAAGUGGCAAACCGGUAGAUGUUACUGUCCCCGCUGUAUUUGGAGAACUGUCAAAUGUCCUCUGCGUCGAAAGCAAGCUUUUUGCAGUCACGACAUCAGGGUAUGUUCUCCGGAUAACCUCACAGGGAACGCUGUUCCUCGAGGCUGUAAAUCGACAAUGGUUCGUACAGUUUGAGUCGGACAAAAAAACUGGCCCAUGGUGGACUGUGUUGAAAGAGUUCGCAGAGAUCCAGGGGGCGAGAACAGUUGCAAUUCUCGGUCUUCACGACUCUAAUCAUACCAUUAUUCCCGCCUGGCUCUGCAAUGGCAGAAUCGUUAUCUCUUCGUCCCUUCUUUGCGAACAACAAUUACAGCUCGUAGGACUAGCGGAGGGCGGGAAGGAGGCUUGGUUGUCCCACUGGAAAACUGAUUCUAGUCAGUUGUACGGUCAGCUCUACAGCCAACCCCUCGUACCAGACGAUCAGCUCGUAGCUGUCCUUUCCCCAAACACACCGCUCGUAUUCUCCGAAUCGAAGGUUCCAGAGGGCAAGAAAGUUCUUGAACCAUACCCCUGCAAGAUGGUCGUCAUGACAAACAACGGACUGCAGUAUAACACUACAGAAGGUAUCAUCUUGAUCAUUACGAACCAGGAUACCAUAACACUGUAUGGCGUCGACAAGGACUGGCAGCAGAAUCAUAUCCACAGCUUGGAGGCUGCCCUGGACGAAUUAAAAAAGAAUUGGGAUCAUGGCGAAGUCAUUGUCAUGCAGGGACUGAAACCCACCAGCGCGCCGUCAUGGUAUCUAGUCCCUGCAGGUAAAGUGGUUGCCGUGACUGUCGAUAACAUUACAUGGCUCGAUAACCCUCUGUGGCUCGGCACCGAUGCCAGCGGCGCCACUGGCUAUUUCUACCUCGCUUCGCGUGGCAUCAUUUACUCUUUCGAGGUCGGAAAGCCAGCUAAAGCAGAACGUGAGGUCGCUAUGGCUGCACGCUUCGACCGCCUUCUGGUUCUCGUGCCCAGACGUGGAACUUACCUCUCGCUGUUCACUCUAUGGAAGUUUUGGGAUGUCAAGCUGUCCCAGCCUAAAGGUGAGGAAAGAAGUCCUAUCCCAGAAGCUUCCAAUUAUGCAAUCGUCGUCGGGUGGAACAACUCGUGCCAGGUCGAGGUGGCACGGUCCAGUACGGUGUCCGAUGACACCAGAGCUCUGCUAGCGAAGAAGAUUGGACAUAAUCUUGUCGUUGUCAACGUCUCUACCGGCCGCUCCUUGACCAUUCGCAAAGCCUUUACUGCGGUCCCUACACACACUGACAUCACCGUCAAGUUUACCAACCUAGGUUUUACUAUCCUACCCGCGGACCUCCAGAGUAUGCAUGCAUGGCUGUAUGAAGACGCUGUCGAACUUAACACGGUGAAGUCUGUUGGCCAUCACGUGCAGAAUUCUAAAUUUUGAUUGCUACCUUUCACGGAGUGCACCAUUACCUUCGUCCUUCAGCUUUCUUCUUCCAUCCUGAAACAUAGCCUAUGCUGUAGAAAGUCCAAGUUCUUCCGAAACGAAAAAUCUGUUCUUCCCUUCGCUCUUGAUUUCCCGAGACAAGGAUACUAGAUAGCAAUCCUUUUAUGACUUGUAAUAACACCCUAUCUGAAUACCUAAUCUCUGGAAGCUUUUGUGUUGUCAUCUGAUACGGUAUUUAAAUGAGGAAGUAAAACGUAC